AUGUCUGAGCAAGCACAACCAAGCGAGAGCAAACUUUGGGGUGGUAGAUUUACUGGGGCAACUGAUCCAUUGAUGGAUUUGUAUAAUGCAAGUUUGCCUUAUGACAAAAUUAUGUACGAUGCUGAUCUCACAGGAACUAAAGUGUACACCCAAGGAUUGAACAAAUUAGGAUUGAUUACAGAAGACGAGUUAGCAAAGAUUCACGAAGGGUUAGAAGUAAUCCGUAAAGAGUGGAAAGAGAAUAAGUUUGUUGAAAAACCAGGAGAUGAAGAUAUUCACACGGCGAACGAGAGAAGAUUGGGUGAGAUAAUCGGCAAACACAUUGCUGGUAAAGUGCACACCGGAAGGUCCAGAAAUGACCAAGUUGCAACUGAUAUGAGAAUUUUUGUCCGUGAGUCAUUGAAAGAUUUGAGUUUGAAAUUGAAGCUGUUUGUCGAAACUAUCUUGACCAGAUCCGAGAAUGAAAUAGAAGUUUUGAUGCCCGGGUACACCCACUUGCAAAGAGCGCAACCUAUUAGAUGGGCACAUUGGUUGAGCUCAUACGCUACUUAUUUCACUGAAGACUACAAGAGAUUACAGCAAAUUAUCGAACGUGUUAAUCAAUCGCCAUUGGGCUCUGGUGCAUUAGCUGGGCAUCCAUACGGCAUUGAUCGUUCCUUUUUAGCCAAAGGGUUAGGGUUUGACGGUGUAAUUGGAAACUCUUUGACAGCAGUUAGUGAUCGUGAUUUCGUUGUUGAAACAUUAUUUUGGGGAACAUUAUUCAUGAACCACAUUUCACGUUUUGCUGAGGAUUUGAUUAUUUACUCGAGUGCUGAAUUUGGGUUCAUAAAAUUAGCCGAUGCUUAUUCUACCGGGUCUUCAUUGAUGCCACAGAAGAAAAACCCAGAUUCGUUGGAGUUGUUGCGUGGUAAAAGUGGAAGAAUAUUUGGUGAGUUGUCUGGGUUUUUGAUGUCAAUAAAAUCGAUUCCUUCCACAUACAACAAAGAUAUGCAAGAGGAUAAGGAGCCAUUGUUUGAUGCGUUGACUACAGUUGAACACUCCAUCUUGAUAGCUACCGGUGUCAUCAGUACGUUGAAGAUUAACAAGUCAAACAUGGAAGGAGCUUUGACUAUGGACAUGUUAGCAACCGAUUUAGCUGAUUAUUUGGUGAGAAAAGGAGUUCCAUUUAGGGAAACACACCAUAUUUCUGGAGAGUGUGUUAGAAAGGCCGAGGACGAAAACUUGUCUGGGAUAGACAAGUUGUCCUUUGAGCAAUUGAAAGAGAUAGAUGACAGAUUCGAAAAAGAUGUUAUGGAUACCUUUGAUUUUGAAGUAAGCGUUGAGAGAAGGGAUGCUAUUGGAGGUACUGCAAAAUCCGCUGUUUUAGCUCAGUUGAAGAACUUGAGAUCUCAGUUGAACUAA